CUGGGUGGAAGAAUGGGACAUUUUUCAGCACCACUUUUCUUCGCAUUGUGCAUGGCCGUCACGCUGACGCCGCGGAUAAUCACUUAAUAAUGACCACGUGUAAUCAAUAGUGUUCGACCACUUAUUCCCUGUAGUUAAAGACAGCGAUUGAUCGCCGAUUGACCCUUCCACACUACGGGAAUGUCGCUAUCUGGAAGCCCGCUACAGGCACACGGUGGAGUCCAGCGCAUUUCGAACAGUUUUUGCACCGCCGUAGCGUACGUCUCGUUUCAUUCCUCGAAGCUAAAGACAGCCUCUGCUCGGACUGGAGGCGAAUAAAUUUGUCGUUUGAAGAAAAAAACAAAACGGUGACUCCGCCGAAUCGCUAAGCGCUACUUUGAUGCUCUGCCUUCGUGGCUGCGGUGCCAACUUCGUUUCUGCUUCGGUCGUGUGUCUGAUCUUUUUUUUUUGAAUAAGAAGAAGAAGAGAAAAGACUCAAACUUUGUCACCCGUUGCAUUCUUGUUGCUCUCGAUGAGUAGUCUAACAUGCGGAGAAUACGAGAACCGAGUUACUGGUGGAUUUUAUCCUUAAUGUUUUUAACCUUGCCCAAACACAAAGACUGUCAUCCUGUUACAUCAGGUGGCCAACCACACCACGAUGAAGACAGGCACCAUGGGACUUUGGGCGUAAUGAGGGACAGGAGGGCAGCUGGUGACCCCUAUUGGUCCUAUUCAGGAAACCAUGGACCUCAAAGCUGGGCUGCCUCAUACCCAGAAUGUUCUGCGACGAACCAAUCACCUGUGGACAUUGCAGAGGAACACGCUUUGGUUUCGGAGGAGUACCAGGAGCUGGUGCUGGACAAGUUCAACGCUGAGACCUCCAACCAGACCACCAUGACAAACACAGGAAAGACAGUUGCUAUUCUCCUGAAGGAUGACUACUUUGUAAGAGGUGCUGGACUUCCAGGGCGUUUUAAGGCUGAGAAGAUGGAGUUCCACUGGGGCCAUAGAAAUGGAUCAGCAGGCUCAGAACACAGCAUAAAUGGCAGAAGGUUUCCUGUUGAGAUGCAGAUCUACCUUUACAAUUCAGAUGACUUUGACAGCCUCAGCGCUGCCAUCAAGGAAAGACGCAUCAUUGCUGCCAUGGUCGUCUUCUUUGAGCUUGGGCAAAAAGACAAUCCAGCUGUAGAGCCCAUCAUUCAGGGAUUGAAAGGAGUAGUGCAUCAUGAAAAAGAGACCACCCUCAGGUCGUUCAUCUUGAGGGAUCUGCUGCCAUCGUCACUGAACAGUUAUUACCGAUACACCGGCUCUCUGACCACACCGCCCUGCAUCAAGGUAGUGGAGUGGAUCAUCUUCUCCAGGCCUGUCUAUCUGUCCCACUCACAGCUGGAGACUUUUUACUCCAUCUUUACAACGGAGCAACAGGACCACGUCAAGUCUGUCGAGUACCUCAGGAAUAACUUCCGGCCCCUGCAGGACUUGGACAAUAGGAAAGUCUUUAAGUCGGCUGUAAAAGAUGCAUGGCAGAAAGAUUUAACAGAAGUCCUGGGAGGCCCUCACAGCACGGAGGCUUCAAGAGUUUGCAGCAGUGCCCCAGUGAGCAUGAAGAUCAAGCCGCUGAACCAGUCAGCAUUGAUGGUGAGCUGGGAGCGCCCUAAGGCCGUUUACCACCCGCCCAUCACCAGCUACAUGGUCUCCUACAGCUGGGUGAGACAGGAUGUUGCUGACGAAAAGACCUUCACCAAGACUGGGGACCAGAGCAUGAAAGCCGUCAUCAUGAAUGUGUCCCCUGAUCUCCUGUACCUGUUCAGAGUGCAGGCAGUGUGUCCGCAUGACCUGCGCAGUGAUUUCAGUCAAACUCUGCUCUUUAGAGCUAAUACAACAAGAAUAUUUGAAGGGUCUCGUAUAGUGAAGACUGGGAUGCCCACAAUUUCUCCAGCGUCCUCGGCAGACAUGGCUCCCAUCAGCUCUGGUUCCUCUACUUGGACGUCCUCUGGCAUCCACUUCUCUAUUGUCUCUAUGGCAACGGGGAUGGGCCCCUCCUCUAGUGGCAGCCAGGCCACAGUGGCAUCAGUGGUGACGAGCACCUUGCUGGCAGGCUUGGGCGUGGGCGGAGGAGUCAUCUCCUCUUUGCCCAGCUCUGUUUGGCCCACAAAAGCACCCCAAGCCACGCAGAAACCCACCCGUCCAUCCAUCCCGCCUGCGAAGUCCAGCACCGAGCAGGCAGCGCCCCAGGGCUCCGAGACGGAUCGUCCGUCUGAGGAGAAGCAGGCUGCACAUGAGGACGAGGACGAGGAGAAGGAGGGGGAGCGAGAAGGAGAGCAGGAGGAGGGAGAGGAUGAGAAGAAGAGAAAGAACAAGACUGCACCUGAUAAUGAGGAAAAGCAAGCCAACAGCACUGUGGUCAAAGAGCCUUUAAUCCCCACCCCCGCGUCCACAGCCAAAGAGAAAGGAGAAGGGAUGCCUACAGUCGAAGGCACCACGGUACCGACCAGCACUGGUGAUGAUCAGUUGCUCAACGCAGAGAGGAAUUCCACAGAUGUAAAUGUGUUCUACACAGCGGACGCUCGUAAUGACUCGGCCGAGAUGCAGAUUCCCCAGAGCUUCACACUGUCUCCAAAGAUCAGUAGCGAUGGCAAGAGUCCCUGGCCUUUCUUUGUCCACACUGACAGAACCAUUUUGUCCAACGUGACCCGAACCCCUCACCCGGGGAUCGGCAGGAUGGUGUGGAUCGUCCCCUUGGUUGUGGUGUCUGCUCUCACUCUGCUCUGCCUCAUAAUGCUGCUGACUGUGAUGGUCUACUGGAGGAGGUUUUUCCAGACGGCUCACUUCUAUGUGGAGGAAAGCAGCUCUCCACGGGUGGUGGCCAAUGAGAAUAUACCAAUCAUCCCUAUACCAGACGACAUGGACGCCAUCCCCGUUAAGCAGUUUAUUAAACACAUCAUGGAGCUCUACAAGAACAACCUGCAAGGAUUUUCUGAGGAUUUUGAGGAGGUCCAACGCUCCACAGCAGACCUGAAAAUCACGGCAGAACACUCGAAUCAUCCCGACAACAAGCACAAAAACCGAUACAUCAACAUUGUGGCCUAUGACCACAGCAGGGUGAAAUUACGAGCUCUAGCGGGGAAAGAUGCCAAACAUUCGGAUUAUAUCAAUGCCAACUACGUGGAUGGCUACAACCGGCCCAGAGCUUAUAUCGCUGCUCAGGGACCUCUCAAGUCCACAUUUGAGGACUUUUGGAGGAUGGUGUGGGAGCAGAACACAGGAAUCAUCAUCAUGAUCACAAACCUGGUGGAGAAAGGGAGAAGGAAAUGUGACCAGUAUUGGCCAACAGAGAACAACGAGCAGUAUGGAAACAUUGUGGUGACCCCGAAAUGCACCAAAGUGCACGCCUGCUACACACUGCGGCGUUUCCUUAUAAGGAACACUAAAGUUAAAAAGGGUCAGAAGGGGAACCCAAAGGGGAAGCUAAAUGAGCGCAUCGUUAUCCAGUACCACUACACGCAGUGGCCUGAUAUGGGAGUACCGGAGUACACCCUCCCCGUCCUCACCUUUAUCAACCGCUCAUCAGCCGCCCGCGCUGCAGACAUGGGCCCUGUCCUGGUGCACUGCAGUGCAGGGGUUGGGCGCACAGGAACAUACAUCGUCAUUGACAGCAUGCUACAACAGAUCAAGGACAAAAGCACAGUCAGCGUCCUGGAUUUUCUCAAACAUAUCCGCACACAACGCAACUACCUAGUUCAGACUGAGGAGCAGUAUGUUUUCAUCCACGAUGCUCUGAUGGAGGCCAUCGUGAGCAGAGAGACGGAGGUGCCCGCUUGGCAGCUGCAUAGUUAUGUCAACAGCAUCCUCACGCCCAACUCGACAGGCCGCACGCUGCUGGAGAAGCAGUUCAGGCUGUUGACUCAGUGCAACUCACGCUUUGUGGAGUGCUUUAGUGCCCACAAAGACUGCAACAAGGAGAAGAACCGCAAUUCCUCAGUGGUUCCCUCGGAGCGAGCAAGGGUCGGACUCACCACUCUGCCUGGAAUGAAAGGAACAGAUUACAUUAAUGCGUCCUACGUCAUGGGUUACUUCAGGAGUAAUGAGUUCAUCGUUACCCAGCAUCCUUUGCCCCACACCACCACAGACUUCUGGAGGAUGAUUUGGGACCAUAACGCUCAAAUUAUUGUCAUGUUGGCUGAUAACCAGGGCUUGGCUGAGGAUGAAUUUGUCUAUUGGCCGAGUCGGGAGGAGGCCAUGAACUGCAUCGCCUUUACUGUCACGCUCAUCAGUAAGGACCGACUGUGCCUCUCCAACGAGGAGCAGAUCAUCAUCCACGACUUCAUCCUGGAGGCCACACAGGACGACUACGUUCUGGAGGUGAGACAUUUUCAGUGCCCUAAAUGGCCCAACCCCGAUGCUCCUCUCAGCAGCACCUUUGAGCUCAUCAGUGUCAUCAAGGAGGAGGCCAUGACUCGAGAUGGCCCCACCAUUGUGCAUGAUGAGUAUGGAGCUGUGUCAGCAGGCAUGCUGUGUGCCCUCAGCACCCUGUCCCAGCAGCUGGAGAACGAAGGGGUCGUCGACAUCUAUCAAGUGGCUAAGAUGAUCAAUCUCAUGAGGCCGGGAGUCUUCACUGAUAUUGAACAGUACCAGUACCUUUACAAAGCCAUGCUCAGCCUGGUCAGUAACAGAGAGUGCUGCCUGAGCCCCAUGGACACUAGCGGGGCGGUGGUGGUUGCAGACGAGUCGGACCCCGCCGAGAGCAUGGAGUCGCUCGUCUGAGGAAGUUCUCACCGGCACUUAAUUUGUAAAAACCAGAGAACUUUUCUGAGGCCUUUUUUUGCCAGACUAUUGAUUAAAUGAAUAACCUUAUUACUUUUUAUACUGAUACAAGUUUUUGAUAUUUAUGUUUUUGUCAUUUAUUUCUUGUUUUAAAUGUUAUCCUGCUGAGCGUUUGCACCUGUUUAAGUUGACGUGAAGAAAAAGCAGCUGUGUCCAGUUUGCACUAUACUAUCAGUGUUACUGCCUCUGUCCAGCGAGCGAAGACGCUUCACAAGUGAAUCGUGGCAUCACGACACAACCGACAUCUUUGGACCGCAUUGAGACAAACCUGAAGCAUGAAGACCAGGAUGAGUUGAAGUGAUCCACUUCCAGUAAUUUCUCAAAACAAAAACAUCACAUGACAAAGGUGCCCAGCACGCAUUUUUGUCACUUUGUUCCCUCAAUAAAACAAACUGUUUUGAGGCUCGGCUCCACCCGGUUUAAGCUCUCUAUCACAUCCUAAGAGACUUUUACCUUCUUAAUAUUCAUAUAUUGUCCAAAUAUUUCACUGAUGUCUUGUACAAUGUUAAAGUGUGUCACAAGAUUUUAUGUGAACAUGAAUUUCUUUUUACAGGGAUUUAUAUUGUUACAUUGUUAUAUAUCUCCUGAGCAGCCAACCAAUGUUUUUUUUUUUUAGUGCUCUUGCCUUUUUGUCCAAUAGCAGGGCAUAAAUUCAUGUUUUAUGAGAUUGUCAUGAUUUUUUCCAGCUUCUUAAACCUCAACUGUCAAAGCUCAACUGUUAACAUGUGUAGUGGGUAUCCGUAUUGACACAGUACAAUGUCGACAAAAAGUAUUCACCUGACACAAACUCCCAUGUUUUAGAGUUUCACAACAUUAAAUUGCAGUGGAUGAAAUUCUGAUAAUUCUUUUGAAUAGCUUUCUGGAUUUGAAAAUGUAUGCAGUUUAUCACAUUUUCCACAUGGGUCUGAGUGAACAGCAAAGUGUCAUGUCCUGUCACUCAUUCGAGACCUAACUGAGGUCUUCAGACUAGAUGUCUCCAUGGCAUUAUCAUUAUGUCUUUUAACCCUUGUGUUGCCUUCGGGUCAAUUUGACCCGAUUCAAUGUUUCACCCUCCUGUCGCCUUCGGGUCAAUAUGACCCGAUUCAAUGUUUAACCCUCCUGUUACCUUUAUAUUUCCUAACAUAUUUUACCCUUGAGGUCAAUACGACCCCAGCUAUUAAAAUCUCCAGAAAAUUAUUAGAAUUAAUAUUGUUUUCCAAGUUUAAGUGUGAGGUACUUUAUGUUUGUUUGUUGACUCCCGAAAGAACACCGACAUUAAACAUUGUAUCGGGUCAAAUUGACCCGAAGGCGACAGGAGGGUUAAAUAUUGAAUCGGGUCAAAAUGACCCGAAGGCAACACAAGGGUUAAGACAUUCCUAUGUAGCUGUGGCUUCAUAUUUGGAGUUAUUGGUUUGAUGAAAAAUGUAAUCUUGCAGUUCUCCGACAUGGAGAACUGCUAGAUUGCUUUAUAUUUGACUGGCUGUUGGAGAGAAGCGUCCUCACCAGGCCAGAGGAUGAUACACUCCUCUCGUGGGACCUCUUUAGGGUCUCACUUGUUGCCCUUCUUCUUAAAACACUGAGAUUUUAAGGCAGAUUUCUAGAACUAUGCCAUACUCCUUUCAUUUUUAUAAUCUUAUUAGGGAUAUCCAGUGCCUUGGAAACGUUCUUAUGUCCCUCCCCAGUUUAGUACUCUUCAGUAAACUUAGAUUUGUUUGUUUUCGUGGUGCAUUUUUGGCCAGGACAUUGAAUUUAUGGCUGGAUUACACACAGUUACACACUCCAUUCCACUUUUAAUAUAGUAAUAUUUCUGAAAUCAAUUGUUUUAUGAUUUUUUACAAGUCUUACUUAGUUUGCAGCGUUUUAUUUUGAUCAGUGUAGAGUAAAGAUAUCCUAAUCACAUCCACUGUGACUCAAAGUUAGAAAUACAUAAAACAUAAAAAAGUGAAUACUUUUUAAUAGGCACUGUGGUUUCUUGUUUGGGGGGAGGGGGAGGGGGGGUUGAUGCUUGAUUUGUAACCAAAGAUGUGGUUCUAGUUUGCGACAUGUAAGUGGUUUUGUCUUGAGAUCUAUUUAAUCAACUAGAAUUUAAAAUGAAGAUGGUUAACUCUUCCAGUGCAUAUUACCGCUGUCAGAGGUGUGAACUGAACAAGAGUUAAGCAUGUUUCUGUUCCUCACCUCGCAGUAAAUAACCAGAGUACAAGAUUAAAAAAUUCAGACUGUAAAAUAUAUUUUAUUUGGGCUGAUAUUCUGUCUCGGCCCCAUUUUGUGACUAUUAAUUACAUACCCUUUUCAACCCUGAACAUCCCUCUCUCUUGAUUGAUUUAUGUGUAUCCUGAUACUCUGUGAUGUACUCACUGGUAUAAAAAAUAAAUAAAUAAACACUUCUCUGACAAAGGGGAGUUUGCUAAUGUCAGUAAAACAUCUCCAACAUUUGGAGACAAAAGUCCAGAUUGCUGAUCACUUAGCUCUGCAACAAAAUGAAUUCCAACGUCCUUUCUGUUUGAUAUUUCUAUGCUCGUGGAGUACUGUGGUUGCACACUAUUGCUUCAAAAAACAAUUAUCUUCGACUUUAAUGUAAUCUUUGUGAUCAUAGAAGUUUAUAUUUUCAUACAAAUAUUUGGUUUGUAUAGUGGCCCUGUAAAAGAUUGUACUUUUUGGGAAUUUUGCUAACCAAAUCCUUACGGCAGAUUCCCCAGUCAUACCUGCCCCUCUGAGGUCCAUGCUGAUAUUUAAAUAAGACAUCUCCUGACAUGUCCUCAAUGGUCCAGGGGUCCAGUGUGUUCGCCUCAGUGCAUUUCUGCCAGGUUGGUAGUGAAGUCUAUUUUGUAACUUAAAUAAAAAAAUAAAAUGGUUUUAUCCAUAUCACAUGUUUAUAUGAUACUAUCAUAGCCAUAUAUUCUAUGAUGUUGUCAUAUACCAUAUUAUAGUGUUAUUUAAUAGAUAAACUGUAUUGCUAUUCAUGAAAUAAAGUUUGGGUUUGGGUGCACAGCAUCUGUAUUACAUGGAA